AUGAGCAAUCAUUUUCCCAUUGAUGCCCGGGAAGACUUCCGGUCUAUUCUGCCGUUUUUGCCGCUGACCGUCCGAUCCUCCUCCGCCGUCUCUUGGCCGGUGCCGGUGGUGCAAAUCCUUGAAUCCCUCUCGAGAGGCCCGAGCCACAGCCAUGUCGAUUCCGGUGAGCUUCUUGCCGUCUCCAUUAACGACCUGCGCAAAUUUCUCGGCCUUUCUCCUCUCCAUGCCUCCACGCCGCCUGGCUUCUCCUUGUUCUUUGACGAUUUGAUGAAUAAGGGUGAAGCCGAGAAGUGGUUUGGAGAAGUGAUCCCUCGACUUGCUGAUUUAGUGUUGAGGUUACCUUCGUUGUUGAAAUCCCAUUAUCAGAAUGCAGCUGUCUUUAAUGGAAUGGAAACUGGUCUUAGAUUAUUGGAAGCUCAACGGCCAGGUGCCGUGAUUCUUAGUAAGGAAUUGAUUGCUGCUCUUCUGGCUUGUGCUUUGUUUUGCUUGUUUCCAACAGCUAAGAGAGGCGAAAAAAAUCUUCAACACAUCAACUUUGAUAAAUUGUUUGGGAUUUUGUACCAUUGUAACGAGGCAGCUCAUGAAAACAAAAUAAAGUGCUUAGUUCACUAUUUUGAGAGGGUAUGCAAGAAUAUGCCUUCUGGGAAUGUUUCCUUUGAGCGAAAAGUUCUCCCUUUGAGGAGAAAUAGCUCGUCCGACAUCGUUUACCCUGAAGCUGAUUUCUGGAGCAAGUCUAACAAUUCCUUAUGCAGAUUUGAGGUUCACACUUCUGGCCUGAUCGAAGAUCAACCGUACGAAGCCCUCGAAGUAGAUUUUGCAGAUCAAUACAUCGGAGGUUUGGUUCUCAAACUCGGCUCUCUCCAAGAAGAAAUCCGCUUCGCGAUCAAUCCCGAGCUGAUAGCCGCCAUGCUUUUCCUACCUGUGAUGGCGGACAACGAGUCCAUCGAGAUAGUCGGCCCCGAGAGAUUCUCAAACUACACGGGCUACGAUUCUUCAUUCCGAUUUGCCGGUCCCCACGAGGACACAAAGGGUGCCGACAUGAUCGGAAGGCGCCGAACGAGGGUAAUCGCAAUCGAUGCUCUCGACGGGCCUGGGAACACACAGUACAUGCCCGAAGGCCUCCUGCGUGAGGCUAAUAAGGCUUUUUGCGGAUUUCUCGAUGGUCAUAAUGAAGGUGAGGUUGGGGUGGCCACCGGGAACUGGGGCUGUGGGGUUUUCGGUGGGGACCCUCAAGUUAAGUCCGUGAUCCAGUGGCUGGCGGCUUCUCAAGCGCGAAGGCCUUUCGUGUUGUACUACACGUUCGGCUUGGAGAAGUUGCAGAGGCUUGAAGAGGUUGUGCAGUGGGUUGAGUCUCGAAGACGGAGUGUGGGUGAGGUUUGGAGGAAAUUGGUGGUGUACUCGGGUUUGCUGGAGAGAGGGAAGACUACGGUUGGCUUCUUCGAAUGGCUUAUACCGUCGAGUAGGGAUGGCAAACGGGCAGGGCGGGGUGGAACGGGCAUUUGA